AUGUGCUUCGUUAAUGUUUUAGCUCAACAAAGUGUUAGUCAUACAACGUCGACGUCUAUUCCUAUCUUGCCAACUCCACCUGGAGGUAAUAAUAACGGAAAUGGUAAUAACGGAAAUAAUAAUGGUCCAACAUUUACAAAUCCAAACCAAGGAAACAGUCCUACAGUUGCUAUAAAACCUAUUUCAUCUACUUCAAAUGGAAAUGGAGCAGCUACACCGCCGGCUACAAAUACGAAUGUACUUCCCACUUUGCCAAAUUCUACAAAUCAAAACGGUAAUAACAGUAAUCAGCCAAAUUCGCCACAAGCCAAUCAAACUGAGAGUAAAAAUAAUGACUUUAAUUCUCAGUCAAAACCACAAACCGAAGUAUUUACACAAACAAUUACUGAGAAUAAUUCACCUACUUCGCAGGGAAAUCCAAAUUCUGCUACUAUUGCACCCAGUUCCAUCACCUCUGUAAAAUAUUUUACAUCAACUUUGGCAACUUCCGCCACAUUAUUAAUUACUACCACUGAAAAUUCUUCCACGAAAGUAAUUACCACCGUUGUAGCUUCAUCUAAAGUUGUUGUUUCGUCAUCUAAAGUGGUAGUUGCUGCAACAAAUAGUAUUUCACCAAAUAACAAUAAUCUUAUUUCAAGUGCUGAUUCAUUUCUUCUCCUUGAUGAAAUAUUUGAAAGUUUAAUAAUGACUUUAUUCAUCUCUUUCAGCUUAAAUUUGAUUUUUAUUUGA